CGUGUGACCGACCUUGCUUUCUCCAGUAGGGACAUUGACGAGUCGUGAGUUUGAUUCGCCGACUUUUCGAGAAGGUUCGCCGGUGGAAAAAAAAAUGGGAUUUGAGACGAAGAUGCUUACAUACGGAGAGCCGGACGAUGAGGAGGAAGAUGCACCUGCAGAGGAGGAGGAAGAAGAAGAAGAGGAGGAGGAAGAAAUGGUGGAUCCCUUAGAAGCCAUACGAUCAAAAUGUGAGCAGACCGAGCACUGUGUGCACGCUAAGGAGCGUCUGGAAAUGUGUGAAGCCAGGGUCAGCUCAAGGUCCAACACUGAGGAAGACUGCACAGAGGAGCUCUUCGACUUCCUGCAUGCCCGGGACCAUUGUGUUGCACACAAGCUGUUCCACAACGUGAAAUGACCUUCCUCCUCCGUUGACACACAGUGCAGCUUUACGAACUGUUGAACCUCAAACACAGACAUAAUCAGCCGUCUGUCUUUAAUCACAAUGGAAGUGCGUGACGCCCUUUUGUACCCAAUGAAAGAAUUCUUCUACAUUACAGUCAGUGCUAAUUGAUUUAAAUGUCUUCAAAGAAACUCCUGAACUAUCAAAUCCUUAUGUAGUUAUUUGCCCUCACUCAGAGUUCACCUCAGGAUAAUGUAUAUGGACUAACUCUAGUAAUAAAGGUUAUCUUUGGUUUA